UGCGUUACUGGUUGGUCCUCCAUUUUGAGAUUCUACGGUUGAUCUUGCAGAGUCACUGUAAUCGCAGCGCUUCUCAAAUAUGUCUGACCAGCUCUGUAAACUCUUUGUUGGAGGCCUCAACGUGGACACCGACGACGAUGGUCUGCGUAAGCACUUCGAGCAGUUCGGGGUGCUGACCGACUGCGUUGUGGUGGUGAACAAGCAGCUGCAGAGGUCUCGCUGCUUUGGCUUCGUCACCUACUCGACGCCGGAGGAGGCAGACGCAGCCAUGAAUGCUAGGCCGCACAACGUCGACGGCAACUCUGUUGAGGUGAAGCGGGCCAUGUCGCGAGAAGACGCAAACAAGCCGGAGGCCCUCGCAAAGGUGAAGAAAAUCUUCGUCGGUGGUCUGAAAGACGACAUCGAGGAAGAUCACCUGACUGAGUAUUUCUCCCAGUAUGGUCAAAUUGAAAAGUCUGAAGUCAUCUCCGAGAAAGAUACCGGCAAGAAGAGAGGCUUCGGCUUUGUUUACUUCACCGAUCACGACGCCGCCGACAAAGCGGUGGUGGUAAAGUUCCACACCAUUAAUGGACAUAAGGUGGAGGUGAAGAAGGCCCUCACCAAGCAAGAGAUGCAGGCGGCAAAUAGACCCGGCAUGGCGCCGAGAGGAAGGCCAGGCCGUGGCAUGAGGGGAAGUCAAAAUGGCUUCGGAGGCAGAGACUAUGGCGGAAACUACAACUACGGAAAUGGCGGAGGCUACAAUGGCGGCGGAGGAUAUGGUGGCUAUGGCGGACAUUACGGGGGUGGCUACGGAGACCAAGGAAGCGGAUAUGGUGGCGGAAACGGCUACAGCGACUUCGGCACCGGCUAUGGCCAACACUCCUCUGGCUACGGUCCCAUGAAAGGAGGCCCCUUCGGCGGUCAGAGGAACCCUGCCCCAUACACCCGGGGAGGUGGCGGCGGUGGCUACCCGAGGGGCGGCUACUGUGGCUACUAGAUCACCACCCUCUACCGAUUGCCUCCAGCCAGGAUUUGGACGUCAAAAGUAAAUCACUAAAGGGGUGUCGUCUGUCAUGGCGGACCCCGUAAACAUAAUGAAGACCGCAAAGCCCCAAACAGGUUGCAAUGGUAACCUGGUCGGGAGAGCGGCACCCUGACGGUGAUGGGGGUGUGCGAGUGCACAUCCACAGGGGAGGAUCCAGAAGGUGGUUGUCUUCUCCCCUCAGGUGAAGUCCCUUUUCACUAAGGACCCGCCUCAUUGGCUUCUAGAUGAAGUCAUCUUGUUCCCUACCAGUGAUGUUUGGUUGUGAGUGAACGUGCAUGUAGACCCCAGUACAUUUGUCUACAAAAAGUCUUCUUUAUAGAAUAUAUUAUGCUGUUUCCCCACAGGACUGCAAUCUACUCAUGGCUAUGGGGGUGGGCUCUAGAAGACGUCAUUGUCUUAUUUGCAUAACUGGCCAUGACUAAAGUGCAUGUAACCUUUUUGGAUUGUUGGGGGGAGGGGGGGGGACAAAAAGUGUGUCAAACAAGAACAGCAAAACAAAUGUGAUUACAAUACAAAUUAACUUUUGUCAAUUUUUUUGUUGUUGCAAGCAAGGCCUGUGACUAUGGCUGGAAUCUUGGGUACCUCAAUAUUUUGAUAGGUUGAACUACAAAAAGUACUUUUUUUUUUUGCAGCAGCAUAAUUUAAACCACAAUACAAAUGUCAUUCAGAGUACAAAUAGCAAUAGAUCAAUAACAAUGAUUUGUUAUGGUGCAACAUACCUGUAAACAGGGUUUUAUUUUAGGUGUCUCAUGUCUAUCAAGUAGGUAAAAUAAGUAAAAACCUACAAAAAAAUAUUUUGGUGUAGUACAGUGGAUCCUGACCGUGCCAGUCUGUCCCAAAUUGUCCGACUCAAAUUGAAAUUGCUUUUCCCUAAAGAAAUGAAGCAUAUCCAAUUAAUCUGCACCCAAAAAUACAAAAUUGUUUCACAAUUAGUUUACAUGCAGAAAACAGUUAGAAGUGCAUAUAAAUGACGAAUGAAAUGGCAAAUGAACCUAUGUCACUUUCACUUUUUUAGACUGUAUGGCUGUAGGUUUCUUUAAUGCUACAUCUGAAACGAUAGCUAAAUUUUGACAGUUUAAUGUACCAGGAAGAGUGCAGGAGCAAGUCUGAGGCACUUAAGGUUAGAUGUCCAGGUGGUGGGGAAGGCCAUCAUGCAUACCUUCUAUGUGCGACAGAGGUCUUAGCUGGUUGCCGCUGGUCGCUUCUAAGUGUGUGAAGAAUUGUGAUAAUAGAAGAAUUGGAACAAUGCAAGGCCACAAGCAAAAGAUAGAUGCAGCAAUCAGCUCUGGUCCACCGUCUUAACAUAUGCCAAGAGAGGCCUAUAUGUACAGUAACUACUACAUCUAUCACCUUGAUGGUUGAGAGACUGCUGUAAAGCAGCAAGAUCCACGCGGACACCACCUUAGUGUUUCGCUAGUUCUUUCUUGAAUUCAGUUGUGCGCAACCUUUUAUCAAAAUGCUGGCGUGUGCAACUUUUACUGCAUUGUGUUUUGUUUUGUUUUGUUUUUUUUGCAGCCUUGAUGAAAGCAGAAACGUGAUUUAACGGUUGGCAAGGAACCACGGUCAAGCGCGGAUGCCACAAAGCUGAGAGGCGUCUUACUCUUCCGGUUUCCAUGCUAAUAGGCUGCUAACUGGCUUCUUUGUGACUUAAACAUACAUUAAACAUACAUUACAAACACAGUUGGACUCAAGCAAAUUGUUAAUAUGACAAGAUGUGUAUAUUGUACGGUAACCUCAAAAUGUACUUGCACAGGGGCAAACAUUUUGGACAUAAUCCAAAACUAUGCUCACCAAUAGUAGUAGUGGCAUACCGACCCCAGCUGCUCAUUUGAAGAGCAAUAUGUCAGUCUUCAAGUGUCCGGUAAGGCCAGGAAAAAAUGGCUAGAUUUAUUAGUAGUCGUAAUUUAAUAAACAGAAUCUAGAGCAAAUGACAACCAAGUCACCAACACUGAUUCCUCCUGCAAUGUGUAUUGUCUGGCAGAUCAGGUGCGUUAAGCAAGUUAUGCCUUCUACUGUACGGAGUUGAAACAAGCUCCAUUCAAGGCUGAUUAUUUUCCUCAGAGGGGGCGUACAAAUAGCGCUAGAUGUAUUUGUGCUGGGCUGCCACAAAUAAAUGAAUGUCUGGGAAACACUCAUUCAACACUUUAUUCACUACGUUGAAUGUCUUGCUUGGGAAGAUAUUUUUUCUGAAAAUGAAACGAGGUCAUUGAUUUUACAGAUCUUAACAUGUUUUAGUAUUUGUGUCCAGGUAAAGUAGUGCUGCUUUUUUAUACUUGGUUUUUCUCAUGUUUUUAUAGGUUUGUGGCGCUCAUGGAGAUCUGACCAUCAUAAAAGACCCUAUUUAUAAUUGGUCAAGUUUUUGGUUAAAUAAAUAUUUCUCGAUGCAAUAUCCUUGUUAUGUCAGUUUUUUUUUUUUUUUUUUUACACAGGAUUGUGGCUGGUGGCUAUAUUUUCAUAUAUUAAUGAGGUUUAAUAUAUUGAGGAUGUUAUACAUGAAUAAAUUGUUGGAUUGCUGUCUU